AUGUCUGCGCAAAAUCAUAACCAGAACUUCAAGCUGGAGAAUGUCUUCAGCGUCAGGAAGAGAGUUGGUCUUGUCACCGGCGGCGGUUCCGGGAUUGGCUUAAUGGCAACCCAAGCACUCGCUGUGAAUGGUGCCAAAGUCUACAUUACGGGUCGCACCGGCGAGAAACUUGACCGUGUUGCGGAGCUGUAUUCCAAAGGAAUCCCGGGACAGAUUAUUCCCAUUGCUGCCGAUGUCACCUCAAAACAGUCUAUCCAACGAUUAGUGAAUGAAAUCUCGGCCAAGGAGAGCAAAUUGCACAUCUUGAUCAACAACGCUGGCAUCAGCUCUUUGACUCAGAACACAGAGCUGGAAGAUCCCAAGCAGCUCCAACAAGAGCUAUUCAAAAAUGAAGACUCCGUUGAAGAAUGGGAAGAAGUAAUGCGGACAAAUGUGACGCAACUCUUCUUCACAACGACCGCGUUCCUUCCAUUGCUUAACAAGAGAACUGUCGAGGAGCACGGUUGGUCUAGUACCGUCGUGAAUAUCUCAUCGAUUUCUGGUCUUGUCAAGUCCUCUCAGCAUCAUUUCGCGUAUAACUCGAGCAAAGCGGCCGCUGUGCAUCUAACUAAAAUGCUUGCGCACGAGUUGGUCACAUCCAAUCUCAAGAUCCGUGUCAAUAAUAUUGCCCCAGGUGUCUUUCCAUCAGAAAUGACCACUGAGGGUAGUGAUGAAAAACAGAAGAGCAAUAUCCCCAAGGAGAAGUUUGAAGGCAAAGUUCCAGCUGGACGCCCAGGCAAAGACGAAGAUAUGGCCGGGGCCAUUCUCUUUACUACGUCGAACCAGUACCUUAAUGGGCAGACUAUUGUGGUUGAUGGUGGAUUAUUUGCUGGCGACUGGCACUGUCUAGAUAGUGCCUAUACAAUUUCAUGGGAGUAUCGUGUCUUGACCACGCCUAUGCUUGAGAGCUGUUCAUCGAUUUUUUUUGGUUUCAAAUCUCCAAAUUCUAAGACUCCCAACGGCACUUUUCUUUUCCUUUUGAGGGCAAGGCAGCCUUCGUGCAGAAACCCCAUCUGCGUGGGCUAA